AUGAAGAUCAAGUUGUUUGACCUUGCGCUACGGACUGUAGCCAUUUGGGCUCUUGCCUGCUGCGGCUGCUGCCCGCUAGCUACUAGACCGCUUGUUUCCAGGCUUCUUGCCGGCCUCCCCGUCAUGAUGGCACUGUUGUGGAUCAUGCUUGCCCUGAGUGCCUGUGACUCCUUUGCAGAGCUUUGCAGUGGUGAUGGCAUGCCUUCGCAAGGAGACCAUUGCUUUUCAGGCAGCUCGGCGGCGGUGCGGUUGAGGAUGGCAGGCCAGGCCAAGGGCACAGUCGACACAAAGUUCGUGCAGGCCCUGGAUCAAGCCGAGUGCCAUGGGCUGACUUUCGAUGUGAAGGGCGCUGGGAUUGCUGGUAAUGUGGGCCAGUGUCCACUGCUUGCCAAGUACGAGGCAAAGUACUGCUCGAACCAGGACAAGCUCGUGGUGAAUUUCACGGAGGCCAACCAGAGUGGAGUUUUGAACUUCACAGGAGCCGUCCUUGGCAUUGACAUGAAGCGGGGCAACUGCAGCGUGCUGUUCCGCAAUGUGACCCGAGCAGACGCAAACGAAACUGGCAAGGCAGAGCCAGCGAGCAGCAAGAGCGGCCCGAGCCUGCGGGGUCAAAAAGCCAAGACCGCUUCUGGUCGGGUUUGCUGCGAUGACUUUUCCAUGCCGAAGCCCUCGCCGUCCUUUGCUGACGCGAUGCAGGCAAAGGAGAGGUGCAAGCAGGCUUAUGGACUGUGCUCCCACCAGUACAUCCACUACCAUAUUGACAAUACGCACGCGCUCCACUGCUUUGGCCGCCACUGCUGGGGUGAUUGA